AUGUCUUCUCGUUCGAGCCGGCACACGCGCCAGCACUCCGUCCUCGUGGCGGCGCUGCUGUGCGUUACGCUUUCGAUGCUCGCCAGCGUGGGUGUGCACUCUGCGUCCGAUGGGCCGCACCUCAACGCAUGCGCCAGCCGCGUUCCGUACUAUACAGCCGUUCAGCAGGAACACACUCGCCUGUUUCUCGACGCCAUGAAGGUGAGCAUCCCAGCCUUGGCCUCCGUGUGGACUUGCAACAACUUCUGCGCGCAUGAGGGAGUAGAGUGCACAAAGGCUGGCUUGAAGCUCCGUCUCGACUCCGGAGCCCUCAGCGGCAGCCUCCCCGAAAUCUCCGAGAGCAUUGACGGCCCAUCUGUUGUGCUAACGGAGUUCACCUUUUUCGGCCACGGUGACAACUUGAAGGGUACGCUUCCUGCCAGCUGGUAUCAACUUACCUCGCUCUCUUCGUUUGUGCUAACCUCCAGCGGCAUCGCGGGGACGCUGCCAGAGAUGUGGGGCACUCCAGUCGAAAGCCGCGCGGAAAAAGGCUAUGGUGCGAUCAGCCGCAUGGCAAAGGGACGAUACGCCCAACAAAAAAGCUCUCUGCGUAUCUUUCGCGCGGCAGGCAGCAACAUCAGUGGUCCGCUGCCCGCCAGCUGGUCUCAGUACACCACCUUGGAAGAGAUCCAUCUUCAAGACAACCCUAUCGACGGCACUCUGCCCGCGUCAUGGAGCAGCUUGAUAAACCUUCGCAUUCUCAAUCUCACCAACACCAGCGUCACGGGAACACUACCGGAAUCCUGGGGUGCCAUGCAGUCACUUCAGGUCUUUCAUGCCAAGAACAACAAACUUUACGGAACUCUCCCAGCAUCCUGGGGAAGUCUGUCGGCAUUACAUGACCUGCAAUUGAUCGGCAACCUAUUCACUGGCAUUAUAUCACAAGAAUGGGGUCAGAUGAACGCACUCCGGCGCAUCUCUCUCCAACUCAGCCAAUGCACAUGCGUGCCGGAAAGCUGGAUCACCCAACAGGUUGAUGUUACGCUGUACUCCACCGAUGACAAGGCCAUGUGUGAAAUCACCUCUGUCUGCCCUUCAAGCAGCAGUUCGGCGCCGACCAGCAGCAGCUCUGCACUGGAGUGUGACGGCCCUAUCCCGUUUUACAGCGAAAGCCAACAAGUGAACACGCGCAGUUUUCUCGAGGCGUUCAAAGAUACAAUCGAGGACCUUCAACCUCUCUGGACGUGUACGAACUUCUGCGUAUGGCCCUAUGUGCUCUGCACCCCUGCCGGCGUGGCUGUGGAAAUUACUGGGACUGAGUUCUUCGGUCAUGUUCCUGAGGUUUCUCCAGAUGUUGACACGGCUGAAGUGGUUGUGACGAAGCUCGAUUUCAGUCACAGUAUGUGGGUCGAGGGCGACUACCCUGCCAGCUGGGCCUCGCUACACUCCCUUGAGCACGUGUCCUUCGCGUACACUGCGAUGUCGGGAACGCUGCCUUCGGAAUGGGGUGAUAUGGACGCGCUGAGGUACCUCGAUUUGAGCUUUACGUGGACUAACGGAAUGUUCCCUCAGAGUUGGAGCCGCCUAGCGAAACUCGAGGUGCUCAACUUAAUGCACCUCACAAUUCCAGACCACCCGCCGGACUCGUGGAGUCACAUGACGGCUCUUCGCGAGCUCAAUCUUGCCAGUACCAGAGCGUCAGGUACACUACCGGCCUCAUGGAGCAGUCUGAAGAACCUAGAGAUUCUCUCACUCUCCAACAACAACAUGGUCGGCAGUCUCCCAGAGCAGUGGGGAUCACUAAAGCAGCUAGCGACACUCAUGCUCCACAAAAACUACCUUGGCGGUUCAAUCCCCGAAAUAUACAACGAUAUGACAGCCCUCACGCGUGCCAGCCUGGAGAACAACCGAUUCUGUGGCUGCUUGCCGAGCGUCUGGGCAGCACAACAAGGUGUAUCCAUGACCAUCACUGCACAAAAAGAGGUACUCGCUUCUGACUGCGCCACCGCCAACACCUGUGACCCAGAAGCUGUCAGUAGCAGCAGCUCUGCGCCGUCGUCCUCGUCGUCUGCACCGUCCAGCAGCAGCUCCGCGCCGUCGUCGUCCUCGUCGUCUGCGCCGUCCAGCAGCAGCUCUGCGCCGUCGUCGUCCUCGUCGUCUGCACCGUCCAGCAGCAGCUCCGCGCCGUCGUCGUCCUCGUCGUCUGCGCCGUCCAGCAGCAGCUCCGCGCCGUCGUCCUCGUCGUCUGCACCGUCCAGCAGCAGCUCUGCGCCGUCGUCGUCCUCGUCGUCUGCGCCGUCCAGCAGCAGCUCCGCGCCGUCGUCGUCCUCGUCGUCUGCACCGUCCAGCAGCAGCUCCGCGCCGUCGUCGUCCUCGUCGUCUGCGCCGUCCAGCAGCAGCUCCGCGCCGUCGUCCUCGUCGUCUGCACCGUCCAGCAGCAGCUCCGCGCCGUCGUCGUCCUCGUCGUCUGCGCCGUCCAGCAGCAGCUCCGCGCCGUCGUCGUCCUCGUCGUCUGCGCCGUCCAGCAGCAGCUCCGCGCCGUCGUCGUCCUCGUCGUCUGCACCGUCCAGCAGCAUCUCUUUUGAAUGCAAUGGUAAGGUACCGUAUUACUCAGCAGAACAGGUGAAGCACAGCAUGCGUUUUCUCUCAGGGUUUUCGGAGUCGUUUGCUGAUGCGAGUGAGACAUGGAGGUGCCCUAACUUUUGUGCGUGGGAUGGUGUGACAUGCACUGAGGAGGGGUUUUUCUUUGAACUUGGCGGAGUGGUGACUUCUGGCACUUUACCGGAGGUUUCAGCUGACUGCAAUGGUUCGUCGGUGCCCGUUUUGAAGAUCAGUGCGGGUGGGGCAGAGGGCAACGUGUCUUUGAAGGGCUCUCUUCCAUCCACAUGGAGCGAGUUGGUGUCUCUUGUAGAGUUGGACCUUUCUCACACGGGUGUCAGCGGAGCGGUGCCGGUGGCGUGGUCGGCAUUAUUGAGACUCAAGAAGCUUAAUUUGGGCUUUAACGGUUUAAGUGGUGUUCUCCCGAAGGAAUGGAGUGGACUGGCAGCAAGGGAAGAGCUCUU